CAAACGAAGUGUUUUUCGAGUUCCAGUGCAUCAUCACAAGAGUGUGGUGUGAAAUUUUUAAUUUCAAUCAAAGUUAUUUAUUAAAAGUUCAAAAUAGUUAUGUAAAAAUUAUGAUUUCAGUGCUGUAGCUUAAGCAUAACAAGUCAAUGAUCUCUCAUAACUUCGGUAUCAAUAAUUAGUUCGUUCUGUCGUUUUAUCAUCUUAUGUAAAAGAGAUACUUAUUUCGUUGUCAAGUAAACGAGUAAUGUAUUACUUCAAAUAAAACAGUUUUUUUCUAAUGUUUCCGUUAAGUGAUAAAUUAAUGGUGUGUUUUAAAGAAGAUAGAAUACAAAUGCUUAAAAUUUUCCUCUUUUGUAUUCGUACUGUGUUUCUACUAGCGUAUAGAUUAUGGACCUGUGUAUCAUACCUCAUCACUAAGCAAACUAAAGCAGUUCGUUACCAGCAGACGGUCAAAUAUGAAAAUUAUCCUCUAUCUCCUCUAUCGAUGCACAGAUUGAGCCUCGUUCGAAGGAAAGUUUUCGUGUUGGAUCUGGAUGAAACGUUAAUCCAUUCAAAUCAUGACGGCGUCAUACGACAAGCCAAUAAACCCAACAUUCCUCCAGAUUUUAUUCUUAGAGUAACGAUAGAACGUCAUCCUGUGAGGUUUUUCGUGCAUAAAAGACCUUUUGUCGAUUUCUUUCUCGACAUUGUAUCACAGUGGUACGAACUAGUUGUCUUCACUGCCAGCAUGGAGGUGUAUGGCGCAGGAGUUGCCGAUAAAUUGGAUAAUAAUCGUGGCAUUUUAAAAAGAAGAUAUUACAGACAGCAUUGCACUCCUGAAUUGGGAUCGUAUACUAAAGAUUUAUCGGCUAUAACCGGAGAUCUUUCUAAUAUUUUUAUUCUCGAUAAUUCUCCUGGUGCAUAUAAAGGUUACCCUGAUAACGCUAUUCCAAUCAAGUCAUGGUUUUGCGAUCAAUCAGAUACCGCCCUACUGGGUUUAUUACCUGUGUUGGAUGCAUUGAGAUUUACGCACGAUGUUCGAUCUGUUUUGAGCCGAAAACUUCAUCUUCAUCGACUCUGAUCGUUAUAAGUGAAAAAUUUAGUGCAAUUGUUGUUUUUCUUUUGUUAUUGAAUUUGUUCGUAUAGACGAUCUUCCUAUAUACGUGUAAGUGUUUGUAAUAAUUUGUCGUUCACUUAAAUUUAUUUCUCGAAAUCGCGAUGAAACUUUCACGUUGAAGUUUUUUUUUUUACAGUUUAUCCGAAUUAUGUUAGCAGUUUUUUUUUCAAACUUGUACGUAUUUUUCCUUUGUUUUUUGCCAAUUUUUUUUACAAAUUUUUACAUGAUUUUUUUUGUUCUGUUCUUUUCUAAUUUAUGUAAACGAGUCAACUGGCAUCUGUUUAUUACAAAUGCUUUUAUAAAAGUGGCUUUCACAUUGUAAUACUAUUACUUAGUACUUAAGCGAGUUUUUUAAAAAAUGUAAUUUUAAAAUAUAUGACUCAAACAAGUUCAUUAGGUGACAACUUAAUGGAAAAUGUUUUUAAAUAAGUUGCUUUAUGUUUUUCAAAACCGUCGUUUUAAAACGAAUUUUAAUUUAACGUUUUAAGUUUAGAUAUUGAUCCCUUGUUCGAGUACAAUUUACAGGAUUGAAAUGUAAUUAUUAUCUGAAUAUGUUCAGUAAUGGCUGUGCCGCGACGAUGAACAUACUCGUCCCUAAAUGACGAAAUGAUGAAAAACAAGAAAUACUCGUGUAAACCUAUCGAUUUACUUACACUUCACUCCGGUUACCAAGUUUUAUUGAAACUCGGUACCAUUGUGAAUGUUUUAACAUAAAUUUACAUGAUGUUUGUAAAAAUAAGACUUUGGAAUAAUAUAAUGAAGGAUUUUUUGCAUUAUUACUUUGAACUUUUUAAAAUAUUUCAUUUUAUUUAUUCUACCGACUGAAUGGAUGUUUUGCAUGGGACUUCAUGAGAUCGAGAUCUUUUGAUUCUUAUUCAAGUAGUUUUGAUUGAAUGAUUGUUUUUGAUAACAUAUCUUGUUCCCAGAUCACCAUUUUAAAUUUAGUUCGAAUAUUCGACGCGAACGUCAAAUCGUGUUUCAAAUUGAACGGUAUUUAAUAAAUUGAAUGAUUCGUUGGUUGAUUGAUAGGCCUAUUGGUUAACUCAUCUUAUUCGAGUAGGUAUUCAAAGUUACAAUACUAGAAAGAAAACCACAUGUUGGUGAUGUUACGAUGUGAUUAUUAUGAAAUGCUUGAGUGUUUCUCUUUUUUCUUAUUUUUUAAAUUUUUUAAUUGGGUAAUUAUUUUAAUAUAUCCGCUGUAAAUUUCUGUACAUACUAUUUAUAAUACGAUUUGUUAUUUAAUUUUUUUCGAGUUGUACGAGAAUCUUGUACAUUCUUCUAUUGUAGCGAAGCUCUUUUUUCUUUACAGUUUGUACUGUAGAAAUGAACGAAAAAUCUACUACUUGAUGAUCAUUUCAAACGAACCGAUGUCUUUUAAUUUCGUAUGAAUUACAUGCAGAACUGUCUUAUGUAUAUUGUAAAUUAAAAUUUUGUCAUUUAAUUCGGGGAACUCCAAAUAAACUAAUGUUAUGAAAAUACUCCGAUCAGGUUUCAAUUUUUGAAAAUGUGAUUUGUAAAUGUGAAAAAUAUCCAUUUGCGUGUUUUAAUUGAGGGGUUUUAAAAGCCUUUAAAGCAAUAGUUCAGUAUUUUUUCAAAGCAAUGAGAAAAAAUUAUAAACCAACUCACUCGAUUACGUGUAAUUGAUUUAAUAAAAGUUCGGAGUCAAUUACUUUUCAAUAUACGAUGUUAUGUAAAUACCUACUUGAUACGACCGUGUUCCCAUAAAUUGUACCUACUAUGUUUUAAAAGCUGCGUGCCUUUUUUCCUUUUAGUAUACAAUAGUUUUUAAAAUCGUGUUCGUUUUAGUAUCGUUAUUCUUAAAUAAAAUCGAUGUGAUCUAUGUUUUCGUUGCAAUUUUAGCUGCAAAUAAGUUGAAUUUAAGUAAAUGUAUUGAUGUCCUCGUUUAUUUUUUCCCCCUCUUUUGAAUAUGUACUUCUUUUUUUAAUUUUAAGACGUUUUAUUGGUACAAAUCGUAGACAAGUGAAGUGAAAAGAUUUCAACAAGAAUACUUACGGGUACCAAGUGACCAGUUCAACGAUAAAUGUUACCUUAGAGUUGUCGUACAAAUUUACGUGUUUGUCAAAUAUUCGACCAUAAUUAUCAUACAGAUGUUUUUACAUUAUUAUUAAUUUACUGUAAAUUCGUUUCUUUCUUUUUUUGUUCCAGUGUCCCCGUAUGUUUUAAUACAUUAUUGUUUAAUUAGUUAAGCGAAUAAAUGAAAAAUUGUUUCAACCA